GACCUGAAGAAGUACUUCGAUAGCUGCAACGGGGACUUGGAUCCAGAGAUCGUCAAGUCUUUCAUGUACCAGCUCUUGAAGGGGCUUGCUUUCUGCCACAGCCGCAACGUCUUGCACAGAGACCUCAAGCCCCAGAACCUUCUCAUUAACAGAAAUGGGGAACUCAAACUGGCUGACUUUGGCUUGGCCCGGGCCUUUGGCAUCCCUGUGCGCUGUUACUCAGCAGAGGUCGUCACUCUGUGGUAUCGGCCGCCAGAUGUGCUCUUCGGCGCCAAGCUCUACUCCACUUCCAUAGACAUGUGGUCAGCUGGCUGCAUCUUUGCAGAGCUGGCUAAUGCUGGGCGGCCACUGUUCCCGGGGAAUGACGUAGACGACCAGCUGAAAAGGAUUUUCCGGCUGCUGGGAACCCCCACAGAGGAGCAGUGGCCCGCGAUGGCCAAGCUGCCACAGCCGUACCCCAUGUACCCUGCCACGACGUCUCUGGUGAACGUGGUACCUAAGCUGAACGCGACUGGCCGGGACCUGCUGCAGAACCUGCUCAAGUGCAACCCCGUGCAGCGAAUAUCAGCAGAGGAGGCUCUACAGCACCCCUACUUCACAGACUUCUGCCCUCCCUAGAGACUGCCUGAGCGCUGGCCCGCUG